GGACUGCAUGGCUAUGCUUUGCCGCAACAAACCGACCUCGGCCAGACGCCAGGGUUUGCAAACCGAGCAUCAAACGGAGGAACCAAUGCCAUGACAGAGCUGGGCUGCAGGUCCGGUUACUAGCCGUCAAACUUUCUUGCUCAACUGCUGAAGCUUCUUUUUUUUCUUCACAUUUCACCUUCCACACCUUGUCCAGGCUUCGACUGAGUUUGAACGCAGCCGUCGAGCAGAGAGCACCGAGAUACCCCCCCGCUCCCGCCCCGCACCAAGACGUAAACAAUGGCUUUGAGCGCGAGAACCGCAUCGAGGGCCUUCCAGGCCGUCAGGCCAACCGCAGUAAGGCCAAUUGCUUCCUCCCAGAUAUGCCAAGCCAAGAGAGGCUAUGCCUCAUCAAACGAGGAAGAUCUGAAGUCGGUGAUGAAGCGAGUCAUCCCGGCCAAGCGUGAGCUCCUUAAGAAAGUCAAGGCUGUUGGCGAUAAGAAGAUUGGCGAUGUCAAGGUCGAGAACACUCUCGGUGGCAUGAGAGGCUUGACUGCCAUGGUUUGGGAAGGCUCGGUCCUCGAUGCUAACGAAGGUAUCCGAUUCCACGGCCGCACAAUCAAGGACUGCCAGAAGGAGCUGCCAAAGGGAACCUCUGGUACCGAAAUGCUUCCAGAAGCCAUGUUCUGGUUGUUGCUCACUGGAGAGGUCCCGACCACUUCACAGGUCCGCGUUCUCUCUCGUGAACUUGCUGAGAAGGCCCAGCUCCCAGAAUUUGUGAACACUCUUCUCGACAACUUCCCCAAGGACUUGCAUCCAAUGACCCAAUUCGCAUGUGCCGUUUCCGCACUCAACUACACCUCGGUUUUCGCCAAGGCGUACGAGAAGGGCCUCAGCAAGGCCGACUACUGGGAGCCAACCUAUGAGGACUGCAUCAGCUUGCUUGCUAAGCUGCCCACCAUCGCUGCUAAAAUCUACCAGAAUGCGUACCGCGGUGGUGGACCUCUCCCAGCUGAAGUUGACCUGAACCAGGAUUGGUCGUACAACUUCGCUGCGAUGCUCGGCAAGGGCGGCGAAGAGAACGUGGAGUUCCAGGACUUGCUUCGUCUUUAUCUCGCUCUCCAUGGUGACCACGAGGGAGGCAACGUCUCCGCACACACGACCCACUUGGUCGGUUCCGCGUUGUCGGAUCCAUUCUUGUCUUACUCUGCAGGUCUGCAAGGUUUGGCUGGUCCUUUGCACGGUCUGGCAGCUCAGGAAGUGCUCCGCUGGAUUCUACAGAUGAAGGAGGCUGUCCCAGAGAACCCAACUGCAAAGGAUGUCACCGACUACCUAUGGAGCACACUCAAGAGCGGCCGUGUCAUUCCAGGUUACGGUCACGGCGUACUCAGGAAGCCCGAUCCUCGCUUUGAGGCUUUGAUGGACUUCGCGGCUGCUCGUCCACAUAUCCUCAAAGACCCUGUCUUCCAACUCGUCAAGCUCAACUCUGAGGUAGCUCCAGGUGUCCUUAAAGAGCACGGCAAGACCAAGAAUCCAUACCCCAACGUGGACUCCAGCUCUGGCGUCCUGUUCCACUACUACGGUUUCAAGGAGACGCUCUACUACACCGCCACCUUCGGUGUGUCUCGUGGUUUGGGACCUCUUGCCCAGCUUAUCUGGGACCGUGCUCUUGGUCUGCCAAUCGAGCGCCCCAAGUCGAUCAAUAUGCAAGGUCUGUUGGACAAGGUUGGCGCAUAAAUGUAACACUAUCAAUUGCGUCCAUUUGUUCUGCGGAAUCUGGUUCAGUUGUGCCCAUGUGUUUAGCCUAUCCCAGGUUGUAUAUAGACUUGGUAAAAGAGAAAUUGCGAAAAACUUCAAUUUUGCUGUCUAGUA